AUGCAGUUACAUUUUCCCAUGUAUUUAUCCCUCCCUCUAUUUCUCAUAAUCAAUUCGCCAAAUUAUUUUCCCAUUUAAAAUCGACUAAUAAACUUCCAUUUAUUCACAAAUUUACAUUCAAUAAUUCACAAAUAAAAGCCGAAGAUAUAAUUUCCGUUUUAGAAAAUUGUGAAAAUUUACAAGAAUUAUACAUUCUAGGAUGUAAAGAGGUUAAAUUAUUAUCAAUAACAACAGCCAUGAAAAAUUUAUAUCAAGAAAAUGAAAAUUUAGAAGAUAAAAAAAUCAUGGUAAAAAAAAGAUUACAAAAAUUAAAAAAAAUUGUAUUAACUAGAUGUGUUGGUGGAAAAAGGCAUUCUUUCACGAUUAAACAAAUUUUAGAAGAUUUACAAAUUUUAAAGAAAUAUCAACAACAACAAGAAAAAGGCAGAAGGAUUAAUAAUUGUAAUAAUUGUUAUAAUGAAAAUCAAAACAACGCUUAUGGCAAGUCGUACAACAUCGACACAAUUUCAACAAUUUCAGCUACAAUGUCAAAUAUGAUGCCUGCCGUUUUGAUGUCAAAUUCUGUCAACAUUUACACAAAUGUCAACCUCACAACAAAUCCGAUAGAAUGUAAUAAAAACAAUAAUGAAAAAAAUGAUGCAAAUGACGGCAUAUUCCAAUUCCAAUCAUGUUCGGAUCUUUCAUGCGAACUUUGUACACUAAAAUGCGCUGGAUGUAAUACAAAAUAUAAAUAUUGGGAUGAGUUUUGGAUCAAGUGUGGUUGGUGUAAAGACAGACAUUUUUGUGGGGGAUGUGUUAUAGAAGCUUCAAAAAAGAAUGUUUUUAAAACUUAUGCAUUUCAGUUUAUGAGAAUAAAAUUAUGUCAAAUGUUCGAUUUACCUUGUCCUCAUUAG